CCCGACCACAGCCUCCUGAACCGGAGCGCGCCCGAAGAAGAACCGUGCGAACCCGUCCGUGCUCCGCGUCCGAGCUCCGCAGCUCCCGCAGCAGCAACAUGGAUACGGAGUUGUUUAUGGAGUGUGAGGAGGAGGAGCUGGAGCCAUGGCAACAGGUGGACGACAAUGUGGAGGAAGAUGACAUGGACUUCUUCGACAGCUAUUGCGAGCCAGUGGAGGACUCUAUGUCUCCUCUUCCAGCAUCUGAGACUCCGCCCCCCAGGACUCCUCCACCUGUCACACCUCCAACAGCUUCACCUCCUGUUCAGAUCGUCUGCUCCUCUGUGAGGCCUGCUCCUCCUACUCCCUCCGUCAUCACCUCCUCUUCCUCUGUCUCACACCUCCCCGCCUCCUCCACGCCUACAGCAGCUCAGACCCUGGUGGCUCAGACCCAUCAGGGGCCCCUCUUCCUGACGCAGACGCCAGGUGGGACGUUUCUCCUCCCAGCAGCCCCCGGGACACACAACGCCCAGCCCAUCCUCCUCACCACACAGGGUUUCCCGAUGAUGAACCACGGCACCCCUCUGGUGUUGAACCUGCAGCCGGGGCAGACGGUCCAGCCGCUCACCUUGAUCCAGUCCCCGUCGUUGGGUCAGUUGGUGCGGCCCAGCGUAGGCGUGUCUCCAGUCCUCCCUCAGGGCCAGGCAAUCCAGACCAGACCAGGCCCCGCCCCCUCCAGAGGCCCCACCCAGCCUGGCUCCACCUUCACCACCAUGCAGCUGCCCGCCACGCUGACCAUCCGCACCAGCACGCCAGCACCUGUUAACCUUCAGAUGACCCAGGUGGGCGGAGCCAGCUCCCUGAAGGUGGGAGGUUCCCCCGCCCUUCCCUCUGGCUCGGCCAAUGGAGUCACCAGAAUCACGUUCAGCCGCGCAGCUCCUGGCCCCGCCCCCUCUGUCGUCACCACCCCAGGUGUGACAUCAUCAGCGCCGACGUCCGACCCCACCAGAGUGGUGAUGAGUGUGGAGGAGUUUUACUACGGAACUUAUGAGGGCGACUUGAGUCUGAGGAAACCUCAACCACUGGGGAUCAAGACCUGCACUUUCACCUGCCAGAGCUGCUCACACCUGGCUGAGAACAACCUGAGGUUGAUGCAGCACAUGCUCCAGCACUCAGAGCUGAUUGGAGCACGAGGAGCAGGUGAUGAGAGGACGUGCUGCAGGUUCUGUUACCGACAGUUCUCGUCUCGCAGUCAGCUGCAGAGCCACCAGGAGCAGGUGCAUGGCCCCACCCUCUCCUCCAGUAUGUGUCGUAUUUGUGAGUGGGCGUUUGAGAACGAGCCGGCCUUCUUGAACCACAUGAAGUCCAACCACAAACCAGGAGAGAUGCCCUACGUCUGCCAAGUGUGUUCGUUUCGCUCGUCCUUCUACUCGGACGUAGUGCAGCACUUCGCCAGCUUUCACAGAGAGUCUCGCUUCCUGUUGUGUGUUUUCUGCCUGAAAGUGACCAGAAACCCCACCAGCUACCAGCAGCACCUGCUGAAACACCAGGUCAACCAGGCCUUCCACUGUAACAGGUGUCGUCUUCAGUUCGUCUUCCUGAAGGACAAAAUGCAGCACAAACUGGAAAACCACCGCAGCUUCCGGCGACCUGCGAGGCUCGACGGACUGCCACCAGGGUCAAAGGUGACGAUCAGGACUUACGGGAAGAUUAGGUCUCUGGGAUCAGGAGGUAGCCGACCUUUCCAGAGCCCCGCCUCCCUCAUCCAGCCAAUCAACAUCAAGACAGAGAAGUCUCCGACCCAGAGGAGCCCUCCCUUCCAGAAAUCACCUCGAUCACCAACCAAGAAACCGGUCAGCCGCAGAGUCCACAACAGGUCUUCCUCAUAUGAUGGAGACCGGUUGGUGUGUUUGGAGUGUGGAACCGACGCCUCUGACUUCUCGGCUCACUACCCAACUCACGUGACCUGUCUCCUGUGUCCCUACAGCAGCUGCUGCUCCAGGGCCUACGCUACCCACAUGAUCCAUCACCACGUGCCGCCAUCCAAAGACAAAGUUCUUCCUCUGCACCGACUGCCUCCUCCAUGUGUGUUCCUGCUGCAGUGCUCUAACUGUGAAUACAAGCCUCACACUGCAGAUCAGAUGGCUGACCACCUGCUGAUGAACCCAGAUCACUACAGGGCCACCUGUCGAACCAGGACCUACAUUGAACCUGACAUCCAGUUCUGCCACAGUGAAGAUCAGCGCUCAGAAGAGAGGGAAACAGCCCAGAACAAGGACUUGCCUGAUCCAUCCUGGAGGUUAGCAGAGUGUUGGAAAAAUCCAUCAGCGAGCAACAGCUCCAAGUCCCCCAUCAUGUCGUUCACACAGACCAGUGGGCCUCGUCACUUCCUGUCCAAGAACACAGACGCCAUCGACUUCUUUAACCUGCUCUUUCCUUCAGCACUUGUAGAGCUGAUCACCAACGAGACCAACACCCAUGUCAAGACCUCUCAGUUCCUGGGCGCCUGCUACCCAGACUGGGUCCCUGUCACAACCCAUGAGAUCAAAGGUUUCAUCGGCCUGGUCAUUCUGAUGGGGAUCCAGAAUCUUCCUGACCUUUCACAUUACUGGUCCUGGAAUCACUACGACAAUAGCUAUACCUUCUACCGCGCCAUGAGCUUCAAACGCUUCAAGCAGAUUGCUGCCAGUAUCCGCAUGGGCAGCUUUGCCACAGAUGAGUAUCGUGGCAUCAGUAACCCCAGUGACCCGCUGCACAUCUUCAGGCAGAUGCUGGAUAUUCUGGGUGGAGCUAUGUGGGACGCCUACAAGCCGAAUUGCUGCCUGAGCAUCGACAGAGCGCUACUGCCCAGCUUGGAGGAGGAGCACUGCAAUGCCAAAGGGAAUCCAAAGACCCAACCUCAGGUGUGGCUGCUCUGUGAUUCCAAGUCCGGCUACUGCCACCGCUUCUUCAUCCAGGUGGGGGAGAAGGUGGGCCAGGAGCCGGGCUUCACUGUGGUGCCGGAGCUGGUGAAGGAUCUGGAGGACAAACACCACCAACUUUACCUGGCUAAUUCGCUUACGUCUGUCCCACUCAUGCAGAAGCUUCUGGAUCAGGGCAUCUAUGCCUCCAGCUCCUUCCCUCCACGUAAUUCCAUCCUGCCCAAAGAGUUGUGGGAGGAGGGCCAGCUUGAGAAACCUGGGGACUUCCUGCAGAGACAGUUUGGCCCCCUGCUGGCCACUCGCUGGAGGGACACCAAAGAAAUGGGCUGCCUGUCAACUAAUGCAGCUCCAGGUGAACAGGACACUGUUUGGAGGAGGUCUCAGACCAAAGCGGGUGAACUGGACCCUAUUGCCCGCCCCAUAGCCUUCAGCCUCCUGCAGGAGAACAUGCGAGGGGUUGACAUCUGCAAACAGUUGCUAGCCUGCAACCCUCUGGGAGGAAUCACUCAGGACCGACACUGGCGCAGCCUCUUUUGGUUUCUGGUCAACCUGAGCAUUGUCAACGCCUUCAUCGUACUGCGGGAGAGCCGCAAAGAGAACCCACCGGCCUGGGUGCAAGACGGCCUUUUCACUCAAGUUAACUUCAGAAAGCGAUUGGGAAACCAGCUCGCCAAAUGUGCUCAGAAAUACUUUGAGACCAUGGAGAUUGCCAGCUCGCGCGGGAUGAGGGUAGAGGCACCAGAGGAAAAGGUUAAAGAAAGACACAGGAUGGUGAAGCUUAGCGCCAUCUCCAAGAGGUGCAAGAACUGCAACUUGAAGAACAUCCGCCAUGAGAGUGUGUACGGCUGCGUCAUCUGUCAAGCAAACCUGUGCAAUCAGUCCAACUGCUUCUGGGAAUAUCACGGCCUGUCACCUGUAAACAAAGGAUCAGCAAAGGUUGGAUUUAUCAAGGACAAAAUAAGUGGAGCAAUCGAGGUGAGGGAGGUGGUGAAGGACAAAAUGGACGAUGCGAUGGCCCCUGUGGAGGACCUGGACUUUGAUGACGAGAGAUUCGAUGAUGACGAUGACAUUGAUGAAGAAACUGAAGAUGAUAAAAAAGAAUUUAUCAAAGAAGUAAAACAUCCUAUGUCUAACCUGAUAUCAACAACUAACGGCCAUGCCCAAUCAUCUACCAUCUCGUCUUCCUCUAAAGAGCGUGAUGAUUUCCUCACCGCCCGUCAGCUCAGGAUCGCCCUGUUCGCUUUGUGUGAUGGACUCCGGCAAGCGUCGAGGGUCUUUUCAACCGAAACGCAGCUCAUCCACUCCUGGUUGAAGGAGGCAAGGAAGCGUUUAAAGCAAACUGAACAGGAGGAGAAGGUGGAUGCCAACGGCGGCGACCGUAUGGUGGCCUGGGUGCUGUCCAUGCGUGAGCAGCAGCUUCCAAUCACUGAAAGCAACCUCUUCCACAAAGCCUCCACACUGAAGAAGAAGGGAGGUUUCAGUGACUCAUUCCGCAUUUCAUACGACUGGGCAGUGAGCUUCAUGCUAAAGCAUCGGCUAGGUGUACGGAGCAUUGGCAGGGAGGCCACGCUGGCACGCACUCUGCCGCUUUCCCUGGAGGCUAAGAUCAAGACCUUUAGGGAAUUCACCAAGAAGAUCAUCCAGGUCAACAAGCUGUCAGAAAACACUGUAGCUGUGAUGGAUGAGUUGUGUCUCUUUGUUGAUUUGAGGCUAGUUCAGGACAAGUCUCGCUGCUCUGAGGCCCUGGAACUCACUGGGUCUGUACCUCUGGUCACUGUUUAUCUGACAGCGCUGGCAGAUGGUACCAUGUUGCCGUCCCUGGUGGUGGCAAACAGGCAAUUGUCUGAAAAAGCGCUGCCAGAAUUCAUCCUGCUUGAGGCGGGCCCAGAGACUCUGUUAGUAGAAGAAGCCUUGGAGGUCUGGACUAACAAGGUUUGGCUACAGCAUGUUACUAGCUCAAUUCAGCCUAGUAAAUCAAUGCUGGUCCUGGACCGACACCGGGAACACAUGGGAGAUUCAUUCCUCACCACCAUCAGCGGAUCGGGUACCCUUCCAGCGGUGAUUCCUGGAGGCUGCUCCUUUCAUCUUCAGCCCUUGGAGAUGUGCAUGAAGCCAGUCCUCCAGCGCUUUCUGCUGUCACGCUGGGCAGAGUUUGCGGCUGGAAAUCCGAAGGAGUUAGAGGAGACGUCUCCCCACCAGCUUCAAGCAAAUGUCGCCCAGCUACUGGUGGACUGGUCAGUCGAAGCCCUGACACACCUGAACAAACUCCCACAGCUUUGGAAGAAGUCGUUUGAAUUGACGGGUCUUCUGUCAGAGCAGAAAGAGGAGGACAAGGAGGGGGAGGGAGAGGAGGACAAAACAAUGAGUCAGAAACCAGAGGAGAUUCAGUUGGACCUCCUCAAGACCCUGACAGAGACCCUUCUAGGGACUGAAGCUUUUGGGGUAUAUUCUCCUGAGCUGAUGGAGCUGCAAGACAAAGAGGAAUCCGAAGAGGAACAAGAGCAAGGAGAAGGGCCGGAGACCUCAGAGGAGAAACAGGAGGACAAAGAAGAAGAAGGGAAGGAGGUUGAAGAGGGGACGGAGAACGGGAAGGAGUUAGAGGAGGAAGGGAAGGAAACAAAGAAAGAGGGUCGGCCGGAGGAGGAAGGGAAGGAAACAAAGGAAAAAGGUCGGCCAGAGGAGGAAGGGAAGGAAACAAAUCAAGAGGGUCAGCCAGGGGAAACAGUAGAGGAAGGGAAAGAGUCAAUCAAAGGUGUGGAAGACAGGAAGCAGACAGAGGAGAACAAGAAAGAGGAGACUAAGAAACUAGAGGACAGUGUGGAGGAAGGAAAGGAGACAGAGGAGGACAGGAAAGAGGAUGUUCAAAAACUAGAGGAGGACAGCGAGGAGGAAGGAAAGGAAACAGAGGAGGAUAGGAAGGAGGUGAGCAAGGAGAGACGAGAGACCAGGAUAGUGAUAGGAGAGGAAGUCGGUGAUGAGUGGAAGAUAACAGUAAAGAGCAGGACUGAAGGCGUAGAGGCCGACAGAGAGGAGGACGACAGGAUGGACGAAAGCUGAACAGGAGAUGAAGACAUGGAUAAAGAUCCGUGGACUGGGAACACCUGAGUUGUCCCUGACAGGUGUCUGGAACGUUUACCGCUGGAUAUCCUCCCUGUAAUUUACUGAAACCAGGAAGAAGAAGUGGAGUCAAAGUCGAGCUAAGAUGGGUCCAGCAAGGAGCAACCAGCCCAGCUGAGCGUGAAAGACUGUAACACCUGUCCCCUGCCAACAUACCUGUCUUGGUGAACACUUAAAGCUCCAGGUGUGCUGUUGGGUUUUCCCCAGUUUUGACAGUUUGUGUUUAAAUACAGACCCAAAUAAGUUGUACUAUAUAAUCCAGUUCAGAAGUGAAACUAUGGACAUCCACUUCAAUACAGCAGCAUCUAGUGGACAUUAGAGGAACUGCUGCUGUGUUGGUUGCUGAUUGUUUGGGACUUUUAUCAUGUUGAGCUGUCGUUGGGUUUUCCUGAUUUUCCAGACAAAGCCAUGAACGCACCACAUUUAUAGGUUUAGCCCUGAUUUGGUCACAACAGCCGAUUUUUGGAGUCAACAAGUGUUUUGUUAUGUUUUAAAGUUUUUGUUCAGUCGAACAUGUUUUAUUUUUAAAAAUGAAAGCUAGACAAAAGCUGUAGAUUUCAUGAUUUUAUAAGUCUUGUUGCGUGAUCAUGACUCACAACCUUGUCAACCUACAAGUUUAGAGAUUUGCUCCAGACCAGCCAGUCAGCUAAUAUUCAUAUGGAGUUAAGAAUGAAGCUAAUUAGAGAUGCAGCAUCCAGUUACAAAGAACAUCUUCUCCAGGGCUUCCCACACAUUCAUUUCUUUGUGGCAGUCCGCCACUAUGAAAACAUCUGCUGCCACUAAUAGAUUUUCUAUUUUUGGAGCUGGACCUUUCAUUAGGAGCGCUAUUGGAAUAUAUAAAAUGUUCAGUUAUGUAUAGCCCCGCACUGUUGGAGCGCAGAGCACACUUGUGGCAGAGACGGAGCAGCAGAACGUCAGUGAGUGAUGACGCUUAAGUGAAACUUAAGCGUCAUUCUUGGAACCCAUCGGCUGUAUUCAGCAUCUGACUUCCAGCCUCUGGGGGCAGACCCUCGAUUUUUUUGGCUCAAACGCGAUUGGUCAAUAUCAUGCAGACUACAAACAGCCUACAACCGGAAACCAGGGCUCUUCCGCUCUUCUUCCGGAGGCAAGAUCUCCAGGGUUUGCCUACAGACUCUACAUUCACUGAAUGUAGAGUCUGUAUAUAGAGACUACUUAAGCGUUCACUCUGCCCAGUCUAAAGGUUUGAAUCUGCAGCAGCCACUUCCAAGCAGAAGAGAGAAGAUAAUUUUAUCUUGUCGCCUUACAAUGCAGAGCCUCUCUUUCUCUGUGCCACUGCAUCACAUCCCCAGUUGCCUGUCCCAAAGGGUAACAUUAAUGUCGAGAGCGCUCACUCUGCAGCACAAUGCGAGGACCAAAACGUCCCCCAAGGUACACUGCACAACACUCAGACUAGAAAAAAACGACUGCUGGACUUGAAGCAAUCUCAGUCAACUGAUGAUUCGAAUCUCUGACUUUUAAGGGGCAGCCCUAAAAAAUAUAUUUAUUCAUACACCGAUCAGCCAAAACAUUAAAACCACUGACAGGUGACGUGAACAACAUUGAUCAUCUUGUUACAAUACAAUGUUCUGUUGGGAAACUUAAAGUUAUGGCUUUCAUGUGGUUCCACCAGACAUGCUCCACCCACCUAAACACCAGUGCAAACCAGGUACCUCCCCUUUAUGGCAGCAGCACUCGCCAGUAGCUGUGGCUCCCAAGCAGGACGAUGCACCAUGCUACACAAACAAAACGGCUCUCAAACAUCUGUGGGAUGUGCUGGUACCCCACCUCACAACCCACAGGACCCAAAAGCAUUGGUGUCAGACACUGUAGGACACCCUCCAGAGAGUCCAUGCUUUGACAAGUCAGAGCCAAGUCCGGUCCAAGGAGGACUCACCGUGGAUCAGGGAUACCUCUUGGGUACCAGCACGUCCCUCAAAUGUUCAGUCAGAUUGAGAUCUGGGGUAUUUGGAGGCCAGGUCGAUGCCUUGAGCUCUUUGUCCCAUUCCUCGGGUCAUUCCUGAGCAGUUUUUGUGGUGUGGCAUGGUGCAUUGUCCUGCUGGUGGGGAGCACUGCUAUCAACAAGUGCCAUUGCCAUAAGGGGGUUUACUUGGUCUGCAAUGGUGGUCAGGUGGGUGGAGCGCAUUAAGUAGCAUUUACAUGAAUACCAGGACCCAAGGUUUCCCAGCAGAAUAUUGCACUGUAACAAGAUGAUCAAUGUUAUUCAAGCAAGUAAUAAUGGACAGUAGACUACAUGAGUGUUCACUGUGGUUUGCUACGUAGACAGAGGGGGCAGCUUGAUCUUACUGGAUCAUGAGAAAGCAAUUUUUUGUUUAAUAUUGAAAUCAUCAGCUUUCAAGAAUCUGGUGAUCUUAAAUUGUCAAGAGUUUAAGUACUCAUAUGUAAUAUUUGUGCACAGUGCUCACUAAAGCUGCAGCAGUGUCUUUUAAAUAAUUGAUAAAUGUGCCAAAUUAUUUUUUUAAUUGUUUGAUCAAAGAGAUGUUGUAAAACUAAAAUUUAAAAAAAGAAAUGUCAUGGCAGUGUCCUGUAACCUGAGACACAACACAAACAGAUUCAGUUCACAAAGAUAUGAAAUGGUUGGGUUUAAAAACUGUCUGAUAAAUGUUCUUUGACGCAGAAUGAUGUGGCGACGAUGCCCAACGCUGACUGUUGUCUUGUAGCUGCGGCAGCUUCCUGUAAAUGUUUGUAUGAUGAUGUUCUGUAAGCUGAUUGGCCGGUCUGGAACAUGUGGGAUUAAUGUUUGUACUGCAUCAUGUGAUCAGAACCUGGACCUGAACAGACGGUGAAUGUUGGAGAUAUUUUUAUGAAUAUUUUCCUGCAGAUCGUGUUUGAUUAGAAGACGUUUGACGUAAUUCCAUCAUGACUCCUACAGAACAGAUGUUGUUGUCUUGGUGCUGAUGUACAGAAGACUUCUCAGUGACACUGUUGAUGAAGGUCAUGUCUGUAAUGCAUCAUAAGCACAUUCUUAAGACAUAAUGCAUACACAAGUCUUUAUAAAAGUCUUCAUAAACGUUUAUAAUCAUGCAUAAAAACUUAUGACAAGGUUUAUAAAGUGUCAGAAUUUUGAAAUGGAGCUAUAACACAUUAUACUUUUAACACUUUAUGUCCACUGCUGAUAAUAAAAAGUUUUCAUGCAUGUUUAUAAACAUUUAUAAAUAGUUUUAUAAAGCCUUAUGUGUUUAUUAUAAUGUCCUCUGAAUGUGCUUGUACCGCAUUAGAGACAUGACCUUCACAGAAAGUGUUGCAGACUUUUCUUUUAACCGUUAAUAAAAUAUAAAACAUCUUCAGAUUUGGAUUCUUUUCUUCAGAUUUCAGUUUUAUUACAUUUGAUAUUUUAGAAAUGAUACA